CAGAAUGUUUAGAUUUGUUUUAUUCAGGGAAUCUACAGAUAUUAUAAACGAGUCCUUGUCAUCCCUCUUAUCUCGCUGUGGGAAAGACAAAUUCGCAUAUAUAGUAUUCUAUGUUAUUGCCCUAUCAUUCAUGCAGGUGUUUCUUCCCAUAAACGAGUUAUGGAAGUUCCAAUCUUCUCAGAAUAUACGGAGAAAAUUAUCAUGAUUUCAAUUUUAGCUCCGUUUCCUCUUUAUUUCUGCAAAUGUGAGCCCAAUGAAUAAGACUAUGUCUGUUACUUAGCCAUCCCCAAACCAAAGGCUGAGCAUGAUGACUUUUACAAAGAGGGCGGAAAUUUUCCGACUCUUAAAUGUGAAAGCCCAUUGACAGAGUCAAAUCGUUUAUAUUAAUAAGAAGUUGUCAUAUCUUGAUCGAAUUUGAUUCCUUUUGUUAUUUUCAUUAGUGGGAUUCCUUCUGUUCUAAAAAAAUAUAUUUUUAAAUUUCUAAUUGCAAUCCAGAAUUCAUGGGCAAGGCACAAAUCAAUCCAAAGGCAAAAUGUUUUCUGUCUCUAUCAUAUCUCUAGUUCUCUUCUACAGAUUUAAAAUAUUUUCUGGAAUGAUAACGAUCUGAUUAUGAACCCACCUCUGAUUCACAACAUGUUUUAGUGUCAUCUGCUUGCUUUAGUCUUCAUAAAAUACUUACCUGAUUUGGUUAGAUGCUUAAGUUGCCUUUAUAAUUUCCAUUUGUACCUGGAAUUUUGUAAAAAGGAAGAGAAGUAGCCCCAGUAUUAGGUUUGGAGAAGGAUUUCUUAUCUGGGUUGGUGUUCAAAAUAUUCAUUUGACAAGAUAACCUAAAAACCCUAACAAUAUCAACAACAAAAUUGAAAAUGGAAGGGCUACGGAAUGGAAAUGAGGUCUUUACAGGAAGAAGAAUAAUGGAUUUACGAACCAAGUCAAAUAAUGGGGAAAAAAAUUCCGGACAUAAUUUCAAUACAGAUGUUAUAAAUGAGAUGCCUGACACUCCUACAUUUGGAACACACAGGAGAGCACAGUCCGAAAUCGCUUUCCAUUUACCAGAAGACCUUGAGUUUAGUGUUUUUGGCACGAGCCCUCUGUGUGAAGGUGGGGGAGAAGACUUGUUUGGCAUGUUUGGAGACACAGGGGUUAAAGGAUCAAAGCCUUUUCCCAAUCAAGUGAAAAUUGAGACCGGUCCAAUUGUUAUGCAUGCAAGAAGUUUGUCUGUGGAUGGUGACUUUUCAGGAUUUGAUCCUGGCAGAAGCUCUCCUUCAGGACCACAAACUCGACCUAGUCAUCGUCAUGGUAGUUCAGUAGAUGGGCCGUCAUGGUUGGAGGCAGAGUCAUCUGAAUCAAUGAAAGCCAUGGCAACAGAUAAUCUUGCAAAACUCUCCUUGAUUGAUCCCAAACGAGUCAAAAGGAUCCUGGCUAACAGACAAUCAGCUCAACGCUCAAAAGAAAGGAAGACACGGUAUACAUCAGAAUUGGAAUAUAAAGUUCAAACACUUCAAACAGAAGCAACAACUCUUUCUGCACAACUUACUAUAUUACAGAGAGAUACAACUGGAUUGACUGUGGAGAAUAAUGAAUUGAAGGUGCAUUUACAGGCUCUUGAAGAACAAUCUCAUUUUCGUGAUGCUUUGAAUGAUGCAUUGAGGGAAGAAAUACAAAGGCUAAAAUUUGCAAUUGGUCAGACUUCCCCUAGUAAAGGAGGUGCCUUGAAUCAGUCUAUCUUCUCUUCUCCUGCUCAACAAAUCAGGCAACAUCAAUCUACCCUCAAUAGCCAUACACUAAUGGCACAAUCCCACUUUCAGCUCCAUCCAGAACUUUCUUAGUUUGAGACUAGUUAAGGACUUGAUGGUGAUAGAAAAGGAGAUGAGCAUUUGUAGAGCUACAAAAUCCUCUAUUAUGUCAAUUUGCCAGCCUUGUAGCAGUGGUAGUGGUUGGCAUAAAUUGGAUAUGAGAGAUAUUAUCCAUGACAAUAUCGUGUUCCUAUGGUUGUAUUCUCAGUGGCUAGCUUACUUCAGUUUUUAAUAAAUGUGUAAAAAAAAAAAAUUAAUAUCAAUUUCAUACUUGCAGGAAAAUUAAUAGAUUGUAAAGAUUUAUUAGUAGGCCCUAAUUAAGCAGGAUUUAUGGUGAUCAGUACACCUAAAUUUUCAAUUAGCUUUCACCUUUCUGACCAGUUAAAAGGCCAAAUUUGUCAGUCAAAUGGAGAUUUUUAAAAGUUCAAAAUCAAUAUUUUUUCAGUACUCUGGAAAUGCCCACACUAUAUUUGUUCAUUCAAUUCCUUGUAUUUAAAAAAGAAGUGCAUAUUUGUCACAUGAAACUA